AUGUCCAAACCCAACACCCUGUGCAUUCUCGGCUGCGGAAAUCUCGGCACCGCAAUCCUCCAAAGCCUCCUCACCAGCCCCUCCCAGCUCUUCACCCAAUACAUCGCCUGCGUGCAAAGCAACUCCUCCAGCGAGCGUCUCCAGUCGCAGUUCGGACCAAACGCCUCCCUCAAAAUCUCUACAGGCGACAACGCCUCCGCCAUAAAAGCCGCCGACGUAGUCAUCCUCGCUCUCGAUCCGAGCGCUAUCGAGCGCGGUCUCACCCAGCCUGGAAUCGCGGACGCACUGUCCUCGAAGCUGCUUAUCAGCGUUGCGGCAGGAUGGACACGCCAGAAGAUCGAAGAGACGCUAUACGGCUCGUCUACAGCUGAGAAUGAGAAUGAGAAUGACCGCGCAUUCGUGAUUAGAACCCUGCCUACAAUCCCAGCCCUCGUCGGACAGUCUCUCACAUCCAUCGAGAUCGAACCGGAUCGCCAAAUCCCACAGCAGUAUCUCGAUCUAACAGAUGCGAUCUUCUCUCGCGUCGGGAAGACAGUCCACGUCCCGCCAAAUCUACUUAACCCCGCCACUGCAGUCGCCGGAUCCACGCCUGCGAUGUUCGCUGUGAUUGUUGACGCGCUGGUCGAUGCGGCUGUUGCGGUGGGGAUGCCGCGGGCGACGGCGACUACGAUGAUCGUGCAGUCGAUGGCGGGGUCUGCCGCGAUGAUGCAGAACGGGAUGACGGCGGCGGAGCUGAGGGACCAGGGGACCAGUCCGGAGGGGUGCACGAUUGGGGGGCUGAUGGUGCUGGAGGAGAAUGGGGUUCGGGGGGGUGUUGGGCGGGCGUUGAGAGAGGCUGUUACGUUGGCGAGGAUUAUGGAUGGGGUGAGGCAUGUUAAUGAUACGAGGGAGUAA